ACACAACACAACACACCAUCACAACACACCACACCACCGUGUCUCCUCACCAUGGGGCUGUGAUGCCAGCGGCCUCUUCUCCACGGACCUGAGCCUGUGCAUGGAUCUAAUGAUGAUGAAGAAGAAGAAAUUCAAGUUCAAGGUGGACUUCGAGCUGGACGAGCUGUCCUCGGUCCCCUUCGUCAACGGGGUCCUCUUCUGUAAAGUGCGGCUGCUGGACGGCGGCUUCUCCGAGGAGUCCUCCCGGGAGCCGGUGCAGGCCAACUGUGUUCGAUGGAGGAGGCGAUUCUCGUUCCCCUGCAAGAUGAGCGCCAACGCUGGGACAGGAGUUCUGGACCCCUGUGUGUGUCGUGUGUCCGUCAGAAAGGAGCUGAAGGGUGGGAAGGCGUAUGCAAAGCUUGGUUUUGCAGAUCUGAAUUUAGCAGAGUUUGCCGGCUCAGGGAACACAACCCGCAGAUGUCUGCUGGAAGGCUACGAUACCAAAAAUACUCGUCAGGAUAACUCCAUUCUCAAGGUUGUCAUCAGUACACAGCUCAUGUCAGGAGAUCCCUGUUUUAAAACGCCUCCCUCCACAGCCACUGUGAUCGGGAUCCAGGGUGACGGAGAGAGCCUGCUGGAGGAGAGGAGGGGGGGAGACUCACAGAAAGGCUCUUCUGAGAGCCGUGAAGGGAAGUGUCCGAUCGUGUCUGAUGACCUGGGCGGCUUCGGACACUCCCGCACAUCCAGCUACGCCAGCCAACAGUCCAAACUCUCAGGCUACAGUACAGGUCACUCCCGCUCCUCCAGCAUGUCAGAGUUCAGCCACCGGAGAAACCAUUCAGUGGGCAGCGCCUCCACGGGCAUUGGCAGCAUCCCAGAACCCAGCGAGGACCGGGACAGAGACUCCAGACCCUGUCCCGCGCUGCCCGAACACCCGGUCCCUACCACUAACACCACAGCCACCACUGCUACCAGUAACCCCCCAGGCACACCGGUACACAGCGCCUCAUCCUGUGAACGACUCAACAGACAUCCACUGAAACAGGACUCCAUGGAGUCGCAGCUGAAGAGGAUGGACGACACGCGGGUGGAUGCGGACGAUGUGGUGGAAAAAAUUCUUCAGAGUCAAGACUUCACACCGAGCCUACUGGACUCAAGUGCAGAGGAGGAAGGUCUGCGUCUGUUCGUUGGGCCUGGAGGAAGCACGGCCCUCGGGAGCCAUCACCUUCCCACCAGGGUUGGUGCCGGAGCGUACGAGCAGGUGGUGAUAAAGCGUUAGACCUGCAGCCUCUUAGUGACAGACUCACACCGCUCACAUCACAAACAUGGAAACAAGGCUGAGUUCAUUUCAAUCUCCAUUCCUACAGCUCGUUACCGGAUCAGUAACAUCAGCGCCCUCCUGUGUCCAUAAUAGCUAUAUGACAUAGUAGCUUCCUUUUUUAGAUAUUUUCAACAGGCGGAGGUGGGUGGUUAUCAUCUCAUUGUAAACAGCUGUGAAUCUAUGUAAAUGAAACGUUGACCUGAAUGUUCAAGACAUUUAACGUGUAUGUAACAGAACUUGUUCACUCCUCACGUUCGGGAUGUAGAUGUUCGAUGUUUUUGAGGUUAAACUUUGUCGCCCAGCAUCUAAACAGAACUCUGUUGGGAACUGGAAGAAAAAGAUAAACGUUUCAUGUCUAUUGGAGGAGUGGCAUAAUUCAAACAAAGGGAAUCUGCUCUGUAGAGGAGCCCACCAUCCGUUUUCAAUACAUUCCUUUAGUGUCAGUGUUCGUUUUAGAAUUCCUCCUGAAAUGGGACGUUCUAUUUAAUAUUCGCCUAUAAGCUGCAGUUGCUGGCACUAACCUUAAUCCACCUUUUAGUGUUUUGAAGGUGAGAAUAUUUUAUUACAAAGACGAGGCGUCAGACUUGAGCUUUUAGCUGUGUGAAUGUAGUAUGUGUGUGUGUGGUUGUGCGUCUGCUAUAUGGUAAGACUACUUUUGUUAGUAGUAACAGUUAUCCUGGUAUCUUGAAUGAGUGGAGGGAUAUAGGAUCUAUUGUGAGAAAUGCUUUGUUGGUACUUUGAACGAUGGGAGAUAAAGUCUAUUUGCUUACUUAUAAUAACAGAAGUUUCUGUUCUUAUCAGCAACGGAUUGUUUUUAGUAAAUCCUGCAGUAUUACUCAGCCGUAUAAGAGGCAAAAUGCAGUGACAAGGUUUUAAGUCAAAAACCCAAAUAUAAAAAUGUGCUUUGCCAUCUAAACAAAUAUAAUACAACACCAGAAGUCCCUUCUUCUUCGCCUCUCUAAAAACACUACUUGCCAGUGGCAGCAAAGCAGGAUUUCUGUUUUGGAGCAGCAAAGAAGAAGUGACUUCCAGUAAAAGGAAAAUUGCACUUUCAUCUAGGUGAAACUAAUAACCUUUAAAAACAUGGUAUCAGAUUAGGACACAGAUGUGCGUUCUUGCUGAUUUACUGUAUAUCGGUAUCGGAGCAUCUCUAAAUAGAACAGGAUCUCCUCUGAUCAAUACGUAUAGCUACGCUUGGCAACGCUUUCCUGCCAUCUGAGCUCGCCCGUUGACUGGGACGCUAACGUCAGUGAACAAGUCUGAGACCCUGUGAUGCAACAACGAUUUCAUGAAGUGUGACUGAUAAAUACUGUAGUACGUACAGUACAAUGAAGGACUAGUAACUAAGUAAUCCACUGCCAUAAAGAUACGACCCAGAGUAAUGCAGUAAUUUUCUGUGCGUGUGUCUCCUAGCAACAUAUCAAGCAGAUCAUUAACAUUUAGUGCUGCAGACAAGGCUAACGACAACAUCAAUAUGAGGAUUGUGUCACGCAUGCAGGAGAUUUGCAUCAAUACGGGAUUAAGUGAACAAUUUGUUAGACUGAGAGCGAAUCAGCCAAAGUACACAACCCACUGACGGUACCUGGGAGCUCGUCAGGCCUAUGCAUAAACUGUACUGAUAACCUUAGACACACUAUAACUCGUGAACAGACUGUACUCCAUCUGUAAUCUUCUGUCAUUACCCACAGUAGAGCCAAGAUACUCCCUCUUCUAGACAAACUAUAUACAUGUUCUAUCGAUAUCUGCACACAUCAGUGUAUGGUGUUUUAACUAUACGUCAGUGUUCCGUUUCUACGUUCUGCAUGAUUCCGACGUCCACUAGCGAGCGUGCAGAACUUGCCACGUCAUCUUUUCUUUCUAAUUUGAUACUUUGCUAUGUUUUAAUAUUGAUAUUUCCACACUGAAGAGAGGAUUUCGCCUGUUUAGCAUGUAGCAAGUCAUUCUGUUCUCAUCACGUACUGUUAAAAGCUCGAACUUCAGUGUGUUACUGUAAAUCAAUGUUCUCAUUUUGUGUGUUUUCUUUUCUUUCUCAGCAUGGUUUCAAUGUUCCUGUGUUAAGAUAUCGUCCUCUUGGUUUUUGAAUAUCAUCAUUGCUGAUAUUGUGCCAAUAUUUUUGCUAAAGAUUCUUUUUUUUUGGGAGGGGGGGCAUCAGCACUACAUAGUUAAGACAGUGUUAAGUGUGUGGCUACCAAAUAUCAAAUAUUACAUUAUAUUUAGUCUGUUUUUUUUGGAAUCAGAUCACUUACACCUGUGUGACGCAGGUCUGUUCAUCUUGGUACCUAACAUGUUGUUACAAACAUGGUUGCUUCUUCUCUUCUGUGAAGCUGUUGUCUUUAUAAAACUGUAAUAUGUAUUCUCCUGUAAAGUGAUGUUCUGUUCUGACACUGUCCAGUGUUUCCUGUUACAGACUCGUAUUUUUGACCAACAUUUGCUUCCUUAACAAGUGUACUGGAUGCUUCUCAUGUGUACCUUGCACUGAA